CUGCUACCUUUCGUGUAAACUGAGGUGCCUGAACUAAUAAUACGGCUGCUGACGCGCAGAUAAAUAUAGUAAAAUAUGAGUUUUAAUUCUCUGUUUCUAUUUGAAAAGUACAAAACUGCUUAAGCAGCAUCCCUAACAAAUUUAAUUUCUUUUUCUAUUGGUAAAAAAACACAGUUUAAUGAAGUUGCAAAAUGACAGACUUUAAUGAAAUCGUUAUUGUUUUAAAAUGGAGUGGUAAGGAAUACCCAUUAACGGACCUAACCGACCAGGAUACUGUUGAAAUGCUGCGUCACGAAAUCUUUCGGAAAACCCAGGUCCGUCCGGAACGUCAGAAGCUAUUGAACUUGAAACAUAAAGGUAAGCCGGCAGCUGACAACAUUAAGCUUUCUGCCUUGGAGCUUAAAGCAAAUUUCAAGCUGAUGAUGGUGGGGUCCACCGAAGCGGACAUUGAAGACGCCUGCAGUCUACCCGAUGACAUUGGCGAGGUGAUUGACGACUUCGAUGACGCCGAAGAGCGGGAGGAUUCCGUGGAGAACUCUGCAGUGUACCUGGCCAAAGUGCAGCGGCGUGUACGCGAUUAUAAAAUCGCGGAGCUGUCGCCGCCACGUGAAGGCAAAAAGUUGCUUGUUCUAGAUAUAGAUUACACACUAUUUGAUCAUCGGUCACCCGCAGAGCAGGGUACGGAACUGAUGCGGCCGUUUUUGCACGAGUUUCUGGCCUCGGCAUAUGAGCACUAUGAUAUAGUUAUUUGGUCAGCCACCAGCAUGCGUUGGAUUGAAGAGAAAAUGCGCUUGCUUGGCGUCAGUAACAAUGAGAGCUAUAAGAUAAUGUUCUACCUCGACUCAAAUGCCAUGAUCUCUGUUCAUGUGCCGGAACGCGGAGUAGUGGAUGUAAAGCCGUUGGGCGUCAUAUGGGGUCUUUACAAGCAGUACACACCCAAGAACACGAUUAUGUUUGAUGAUAUACGACGCAAUUUCAUGAUGAAUCCCAAGUCAGGACUUAAAAUACGUCCAUUUCGACAGGCUCACAUAAACCGCUCCAAAGACAAGGAACUGUUGAAACUGUCCACUUAUUUGCGCCAGAUUGCCUUGUACUGUAAAGAUUUUAACUCUCUCAAUCAUCGUAAGUGGGAGCACUAUGAUCCCAAGAAAAAUUCUUAAUGCUGUUUUUGGCAU